AGCAAUCACUGGAUUUGGCUCUCUUUUUUAGAACCCACUGAUGACGAAAGCCUACGACUACCGGAAGAACUUGUUUCCCAGGCUUCAGAAUUCCCCUCAGUUAAAGUUCCAGCGAGCGCAAAUCCUGAAGCCGACACCACCGAACUGGAGCCUUUUGGUGUGGAAGAAGAGAGUUCCUCAACUAGUUGUUCCUCCGCUUUUGUGAAACUUCAAAUCGUCAAUGGAGGUGUGGAAGAAAUCCAUGAAAGAGAGGAGUCGGCCUCUACGAAUAUGGAAGACGCUGACACCAUUGAUGAAGAUCAACCAGACGAGGACGCGGCAAUGAUUAUUGUCACUCAUUUGGAUACCGAACAUACUAAAAGUGAUGCCGAAAGUGAGCCAGAGGCUACCGAAAGCGAUGCCGAUUCAUCACCUCCACUUCCACAACGACAGCGAUCUCGAUCAACCAGUCGAACUCACCGCCAACACCCGUCAAUUCCUUCCGCCUCCACCGCUGUGCAUCGUGGUCGAGCAACCGAGAAGGUAUCUGUGCCCCAACAUCCUAACAUAGCACCUCGUAAUGCAACUGGAGGUGGUUUUGGAGGUCCAUGUAGAACACGAUCGCGUUUUCGAAUGACUGAGAAUCAAAUCAUAGAGAAACUGAGCUCAAUAGUCAGUGAGGGGCAUCCUUGUGAGAAAUAUACCACACUGGAGAGGAUCGGUCAUGGCGCAUCUGGUGUAGUAUACGUGGGUGAGGAGAUCGGUAGCAAACAGAAAGUUGCAAUCAAACAAAUGAAUUUGAAGCAACAGCCCAAGAAGGACCUAAUUCUCAAUGAAAUUCUUGUUAUGCGAGCCCAUCGAAAUACAAACAUAGUCAACUACCUCGACAGUUUUCUGAUAGGUAGCGAGCUUUGGGUGGUAAUGGAGUAUCUUGAUGGUGGAUCGUUGACUGAUGUCGUGACAACAGCUUGCAUGGAGGAGAAGCAUAUCGCAACAGUAUGUCGAGAGAUCAUGCAAGCACUAAAUUUUCUGCACUCUAACCACGUCAUCCAUCGUGAUAUCAAGUCCGAUAACAUCCUACUUGGCUUGGAUGGAUCAGUGAAACUAACAGACUUUGGAUUCUGUGCUCAACUAAGUCCAGAUGAGGCUAAAAGAUCGACUAUGGUUGGAACGCCCUAUUGGAUGGCUCCUGAGGUCGUUAUACGCAAACAAUAUGGCCCCAAAGUGGAUAUCUGGUCUUUGGGUAUAAUGACUUUGGAAAUGCUUGAUGGAGAACCACCCUAUUUAAGCGAAAAUCCACUGAAGGCGCUCUACUUGAUCGCUAUUAAUGGAAAACCUGAAAUCAAGAGUAAAGACAGACUGAGUGAUGACCUCGUAGACUUCUUAGACAACUGUCUGGAGGUUGAUGUCACAAAAAGAGGGAGUGCUGAGGAGCUACUGCAGCAUCAAUUCAUUGCGAAAACAUCAGAGUCCGUCGAAGUACUGGUUCCUCUAAUUCUCCUAUCACGGGGAAACUGUCGGCGCACUGAAAUUUCAAGUGCUGAUUAUUCAAAUUAA